CAGUAACCCUACACGUAACCCUACACUUUACGCAGGGACUCAAACGAUUUGGUUUAGCAACGCUCAAGACUGUCCGACGCAGACGCAGUACACGACUCCGUUGUUCUUUAACUUGUUGUUGCAUAUUCCACCGCCUCGAACGUAAUUACAUAUCACAAUGGAUACCAAAACCCCCGUCAAGCUCGCCAAGGUUAUUAAGGUGUUGGGCCGUACCGGAUCCCGCGGUGGUGUUACCCAGGUCCGUGUUGAGUUUGUCGAUGACCAGAGCCGGAGCAUUAUCCGAAACGUCAAGGGACCCGUCCGACAGCACGACAUCCUCUGCCUGCUCGAGUCCGAGCGUGAGGCCCGCCGUCUGAGAUAAAAAAACAAAAUCCAACGAAAAACCUGCAUCAUCAUAAUCCCACCGUCUCUUUUUCGUUUUAUCCCGCUCUUACGUCCAAAACCAGGUUGAUUUUGCUCUUACAAGGUUAUCUCUCUCAAGAAAAAAAAAGUUAUGUGUGCGCGCGCGCGUGGAUGCAUGUGUUCUUUUUAGAUGUGUGUAUGUGGGCGUGUGUGUGUAUAUGUGUAUGUACUUAAUUUCAGAAUGAACAUUCGAAA